CAAAUGUUUGUUUAUUUUACAUUAUAUUUUUCCUUCCUACUUUGAAUCGUUCAAAUUCCAAACGGCGACGUGGAAUAAUAAUGGCUUUGUUUUGGUUUUUUAGGAGAUGGCAAACUCCGUUUAUUUGGUGAUGGAGUACUGCAACGGUGGAGAUUUGGCUGAUUAUUUGCACAGCAUGAGAACUCUCAGCGAAGACACGAUCCGUCUCUUUUUCCAGCAAAUUGCAGGUGCCAUGAGGGUUUUGCACAGCAAAGGCAUCAUUCACAGGGAUCUCAAGCCCCAGAAUAUUCUGCUUUCCUUCACAGGCGGCAAGAAGUCAAACCCGAAUAACAUCCGGAUCAAGAUCGCUGAUUUUGGAUUUGCACGCUACCUACAGAAUAAUAUGAUGGCGGCGACGCUAUGCGGUUCUCCCAUGUACAUGGCCCCAGAAGUCAUUAUGUCUCAACAUUAUGGUGCCAAAGCUGAUCUGUGGAGCAUUGGGACGAUAAUCUACCAGUGCCUGACGGGAAAAGCACCAUUUCAGGCCAGCAGUCCUCAAGACCUGCGUCUCUUCUAUGAGAAAAACAGGAUGCUGGUGCCAAACAUCCCAAGGGAAACUUCUGUCCAUUUGAGACAAUUGCUCUUAGGGCUCUUGCAACGAAAUUACAAAGACCGCAUGGAUUUUGAUGAAUUUUUCCACCAUCCUUUCCUGGAUGCCAGUGCUUCUAUGAAAAAAUGUAAGUUUCUUUCAUGUUUCUUCUCUUUGGGGUGGCUACGUCCCUGCCUGGCACGCAGGCAGGUGCAGAGCGAAUUCAGCGACGAGAGCCUUAGUACGUUCUCCUGGUUUCUUCUGUCCUUGGACCUCUGUAGGAGCUCCCUGGUGACCUCUGCCGACUUAGAAAGCCAAGGAAGGACGCCAUCUCCUUCUCCUCCAUACAGCAGUUCUCCUAGCCCAUCUGGGCGAUCAAGCCAAUUUUCACCCAGCACCAGAACCGGACAAUCAAUACCCAUUCCAGUCCCUACACAGAUCCAAAAUUACCGCCGGAUUGAGCAGAAUCUUCAAUCCCCAAAUCAAUAUCCUUCACCACAGUCUAAUCCCGUCAAAAGAUCUGGCAGCACAAGUCCACUUGGCUUCCUGAAAGUCAGCCCUUCCCCUCCAUUUUCUGCUGGUGAGCAUGGAACAGUGCCAUCCCCUAGAAGGUUCUCCUUUGGCGGUGCCAAGCCUUACACACCUUCUCCUCAAGUUGGAACAAUUCCAGAGCAGUCAGACCAGAUGAUCAUCCCGUCUCCUCUUGGAACCGAGUGGAGAACUCGGGUGCCCAUAUCAGAGGCUUCAGGAUCGGAUCCUUCUCUGAGAGGACUGGGCUAUCGUCUUCACAGCGCUCCCAACCUCUCCGAUUUCCAUUCCUGCCGGCAAAAGGUCACCAAGCAGUACUCGGAUCCACUGGUCCCCCACUUCAGCCCCGUCCCAGCUGCUCAGGCCACGCGCCUACCGAGCCUUCAGUCUGGUCGGCCCCUCAGGUCUUCUCCAAAACUCUCCGAAUUCAUGCAGAGGACUCCCUUGCCCACCAUUUUGGGGUCUCCAACAAAGGCCAGGUCCCCCUUCGAGUUCAGUAAAAACCCCAGCUCCCAAAAUCUGUUCGCUCUCUUGGCCCAUCAAGCCGUUGUCAUCACCCCAACGAGGAACAAGACACUGCCGGAUUUGAAAGAAACGGUACACUUGCCUUACCAGCAAGGAGGUCUCAGUUUGAGGCCAAUGGAAGAUGCCAAAGGCAGGUCACUCAGCACUGGCCGCCUCACCGACCUUCUUCUUAAAGCGGCUUUUGGGGAAGCUGGCAGUAAUGAUAGCCUCAACAGUGAGAAGCCCAUGGAGAUAACAGCUCCUUCCAUGGCUUGUGGAGGAACCCUUCACUCGGGGGCCAGAGAAGGUUGUUCAGGGAGCCCUUCGCCAGUGGUCUUCACCGUGGGUUCACCUCCUGCUGGAACGACCCCACCGCAAACCACCCGAACCAGAAUGUAUUCAGUAGGAUCUUCAAGUUCUCUGAGUUCCGGAGGAGGAUCUUUCAGCGGGCGCCACUUCAUUAUGGGAGCCGGUGGGGAAAUCGUUGAAGCUUCAUCAGGUCUCAGAUAUACAUUGGCUGAUCCAAUUGCUGCCAACCUGGAAGGAGCAGUUACCUUUGAGGCACCUGAGCUCCCCGAGGAGACCCUCAUGGAACAAGAGCACACAGACAUCUUGCGCAGCUUGAGGUUCACGCUGGCUUUUGUCCACUACGUGAUGGAGCUUGCCACCAUCAAAGGGAGCGCCAAUGAGAUGUCCAGUUCCGUGGCCUCUGAGUACCAGCUUCAAGAAAGCGUCGUUGCUGACCAGAUCAGUUUGCUUAGCAAGGAAUGGAGUUCCCAGGUUCAGGCUGCAGCUUUGGAUGAGAUGUUCCAUCACCGAGAAGACUGUGUCCAAAGAUACCAGAAAGCGUUGCUCUUGAUGGAAGGUCUCUUGAACUUCAUCACCGAGCAAGGAGAUGUUGAGAACAUCAAUAAAUGUAAAAUGUGCAUUGAACGACGGUUGUCCAGCUUGCUAUCAGGAAUCUGUGCAUGACAAUAAGCUUGAUUGUUUUUUCCACGCAGAAGUAGCAUGCUUUUCCUGCUAACCCUGGUGCAAACUGGGGACAGGCAGAUACAAGAAGGACCCUUUUCCAACCUGGUGGAAGAGGGCUGAGGAAACCAAGGACCAAACCUGCUUCGUGCCCAAUGGUUUUUGUGUGUUGUUUCUGAAGAAGGAACAGAUGGGGUUAUGGCAGUGCCAGCAUGGCCCUCUUCAUUUGGAGAUAUACUUUUUGUCUACUGCGGGCAGUGGACACCUGGAGGGCUUCUUGAGAUUGGAAAGAUGAAGCUCAGCCAGGGAAGAACGUCCCUGGUGGCGAACAGACCUGUUCUUCUACAGAUUUUUUGUUGGGUUGCACGCUUGGGCCCUGUCCAUCAUUCCCCAAUCUCCAUGUCUUCGGUGUCCUUCAACAUCUCCCAGGCUUCUUAGCUCUCUUUGCAUAGGCAGAAGAUCUGGAGCUCAGCUUUGCUUCAGCCUACUUCAUCCAUUGGGAUGCUGGAAAUUAGACCUGAUGCUCUCCCGUGGUGGAUGUGAUGGAGCCACAUGCCUUCUUCAUCAAUGGGGAGGUGGACAAAUCCAUAGAAGACCAUAGGCCUCUUCCAAGCAGUUGGAGCCACGCAAUACAAUCUUAAAGCUAUCAUGUUCCGUCUCAAGAAGCCAAAAAAAAAACAACGUCUAGAAGAUGCCUUCUAAACCCAGGCAAGGGGACAUUAAAUAAAUGUAUGGAGAUGACCCUCUCGCCCAAUUUAGGUACCCGUGUUGUAAGAAGGCAUCUCUUCUAGAGAAACCUCAAUAGCUUCUCUUCCCUGAGAGGUGGGAAAAGAGAGGAAAGAAAACACAUAUGCAAUACACACACACACACAAGCUUUGUGAAUCAAAGGAGCACUUUAUGGAGAUGUUGAACUUGAUGGUUGCGUACUGUAUUCUCCAACAGCUCCUGAGGUGUCUACUGUACGGGAUUUCUUCUUGACGUGUUCUGCUCUGCUAAUUUCAUCAUAGAGACGUUCCUUUGUGUCUUUCGUUUUUCGUUUUCUUUCAGAAAUUGCACUACAAGUAUGUGUGGGUGUCUACACACACGCACACACACACACACACGUUGCUAAGAUCCAAUAUGUAUUUAUGUGUAUAUAAUGUAUAGCAUAAUCUUACGUGUUUUAACUGUACUGUAUGUUGUUAGAAUAAGGGGGGGGGGGGGGGGGAGAGAGAAAGAAUCCAGGUUGCUAACUUGAAUGUUUUCUAACAUCAAUGAUGGUCUGUUUUCUCUUCUUCUUCUUCUUCUUCUUCUUCUUCUUCUUCUUCUUCUUCUUCUUCUUCUUCUUCUUCUUCUUCUUCUUCUUUUUCUUCUUCU